UGUACCUGUACCUACAACAUAGGGAGAGAGGUGUGUGCACAUAAAACAAGUUGAAGGGAACAGGGGGUUUGGAUUUUGUCCUCAUCCUCAAGGUGUGAGAGGCACCCUUCCGAAGGUCCUGCCUGGCAGUGCCUCCUUGAAGACUGGGCGGCUCUCGGUGACGGUGACGGUGACGCCGGGCAGGGCUGGGUGUGUCGUGGGAGGAUGUUCAGCCUGCCUCUUUCCUGGGAAGCUGAUCUCAAGCGGAGGCCCUUCCUGUCCUGAUGACAGCGACCUGAUGUCUUUCCCCAGCUAUGUGGCCAGCGACAUGGAAGAGGACAACCAGGCCCCCAAACAAGCCAUCUUUUCGUUCCUCUAUGGAAAGAACCGCUCCCAGCGUCCCUUGUUCCACAAACUGCGUUCCCAGUUCAUCCGUUCCAUGGGCUGGAAGACGAGGGUCACUCGGGAAGAGUGCGAGCAGAUCCAGGCUUUUGAUCCAGAGCUCUGGGUGUGGGGAAGAGAUCGCACCCUCUUGCCCCAGGGGCCCCAGGAGCACGCAGGCCUCAAGUCAUCGGCCUGCGCAAAGAUCACAGAGCCCAGGAGAGAUGAGGAUGUUCAACACGAGGGCACUCCAGACAGUGAUGACAGCUGUGAGGAAGGAAGGGAGAAAGCCUCUUGUGCAGAGAAUCGCGAAGAACCCAGCAACUUCUAGAAUGAGCUGAGAAGAGUCUUCAUAUCAUACUCCUAGGAGCGGGGCAUGCUUCUAGGAGUCUGUGGCAGGACAAUAAGAAAACAGGGUUUUCUCAGA